CGUCCAUGUUUUGUUUUCUACAGUCAUUGCUCCGAACGGAUUCAGCCAGAGGGGCGUGCACCGGUUGCUAAGCAACCCUCUCGUUUUACUCGAAGUGGGCGGAGCUAAGUUCAAAGACAUCAAGUACGUCACAGACUUAAAAGGAUUUCAGUUAAACACCGAGGGCUUAAAUACCCCCCUGUAACAGCAGAUUUUCGAAAGCCAGCUUUAACAAAGGGAGAACAAAUUAUCAGCAAACAAAUACACAUUAAACGUUCUACAAUGAGCAGGAAACCAUCUAAGGAUAAACCAAAAGAACAAAACUGCACUAGCAAAAAAACAGAGGCCCCAGAGAAAAAGGAGGCAGCUCAUGAACUUGAAUGUUGGUCGCAGACUUCCAACAGAGUUGUCAUGGAAGAAGUAAAGUGUGGGCCUAAUUUUUUUUCACAGAAAAAAACAUUUUACAAUAACUCUCAAUGUCACAUAACAAUGAACAACGUGGGUAAUUUAACACUCACUAUCAGUAAUGGUAUGAUUAAUGUCAGGAAUAAUCAGUUUGACUUGAAUAACAGGCAAUUCCCUUUCAUACGAAAUCCGAGAGCAAUAACUGACAAGCCCAGAACUGCAAUAGACAAUAAAGACUGUGACUCCACGCAAAGCACCUCUGAAAACUCAGAGGAUAAGGAAAAACACGAGAAAGACUGUGACUGCACGCAAAGCACCUCUGAAAACUCAGAGAAUGCGGAAGAAUACGAGAAAGACUGUGACUGCACGCAAAGCACCUCUGAAAACUCAGAGGAUAAGGAAAAACACGAGAAAGACUGUGACUGCACGCAAAGCACCUCUGAAAACUCAGAGGAUAAGGAAAAACACGAGAAAGACUGUGACUGCACGCAAAGCACCUCUGAAAACUCAGAGGAUAAGGAAAAACACGAGAAAGACUGUGACUGCACGCAAAGCACCUCUGAAAACUCAGAGAAUGCGGAAGAAUACGAGAAAGACUGUGACUGCACGCAAAGCACCUCUGAAAACUCAGAGGAUAAGGAAAAACACGAGAAAGACUGUGACUGCACGCAAAGCACCUCUGAAAACUCAGAGGAUAAGGAAAAACACGAGAAAGACUGUGACUGCACGCAAAGCACCUCUGAAAACUCAGAGGAUAAGGAAAAAUACAGAUUUUCACUGGAAAUCUGUUUGGAAAAGCUGGUGGAGCAGAUUGUAAAAAAAUUAGGCAUAGUCAUCAGUCCGGAAAGGGUUUUAGCCAUUUACAACAGGCUUACCAACAAAAUUUGGGCUGAAAUACGGGAUGACAUUGAUAAAAUCCCCUUAAAGAAGUUUAACAACUUCCACAAGGUCAUGUACAAAGCCCUGUGUAAAAAGUGGAAAGAUCCAGAAUUAAUUCUGCAAAUCAUGGAAUUAAAUUACCCAACAUUCGACGAUAAAAUUGUUAACAUUUUCAUGGAGGAGGCAGCCAAACUAUCGAAGAAACCAGGUUGCAUACGUCGUUUUUUCUCAUUUAUAGGCCGACUUUUUUGUUGCACCAGGAGACAAAAUAAGGCUGAUGUAAUGUAGAAGAAACAUCAUGAUAUCGACUGAAAAUGUUUCCAGAAAACAAAUUGUAGACUUUAAAUUGGCUAGUUUUAAAAUUAUAAUGGCUCUUUUUAAUUGAUGGACUUACUUUUGGGAACCCAUUCACCAGUCGCAGCAGAUGGCUGUCCCCUCACUGAGCCUGGUUCUGCCGGAAGUUUCUCCCUCUUAAAAGGGAGUUUUUCUUCCCCACUGUCGCCUAGUGCUUGCUCAGAGGGGUUUGUCUG